CUCGGGAGCUGCCUCGCGCGGCCGGGCGGGCCUCCCUGUCGCGGCGCCGCUCAGGCUCGGGCUGGCCCGGCGCGGCCUCGGGGCUGCCCAUGGGGCGCGGGGGGCCGGGCCGGUGACGGCGGACGCCCAUGGACGCCCCUGAGGCGCCGCUGCCGCCGGUGAUCUACACCAUGGAGAACAAGCCCAUCGUCACCUGUGCUGGGGAUCAGAAUUUAUUUACUUCUAUUUAUCCAACGCUUUCCCAGCAGCUUCCGAGGGAACCGAUGGAAUGGAGAAGGUCCUAUGGCCGUGCUCCAAAGAUGAUUCACCUGGAAUCCAACUUCGUUCAAUUCAAAGAGGAGCUGCUACCCAAAGAUGGAAACAAAGCUCUGCUCACUUUCCCCUUUCUUCAUAUUUAUUGGACGGAAUGCUGUGAUACUGAAGUGUAUAAAGCUACGGUAAAAGACGACCUUACCAAGUGGCAGAAUGUUCUGAAAGCUCAUAGCUCUGUGGACUGGCUCAUAGUGGUAGUUGAAAAUGAUGCCAAGAAAAAAAACAAAACCAACAUCCUUCCCCGAACUUCUAUUGUGGACAAAAUAAGAAAUGAUUUUUGUAAUAAACAGAGUGACAGGUGUGUCGUGCUCUCCGACCCCUUGAAGGACUCUUCUCGAACUCAGGAAUCCUGGAAUGCCUUCCUGACCAAACUCAGGACCUCACUUCUUAUGUCUUUUACCAAAAACUUGGGCAAGUUUGAGGACGACAUGAGGACGUUGAGGGAGAAGAGGACGGAGCCAGGCUGGAGCUUCUGUGACUAUUUCAUGGUCCAGGAGGAACUGGCCUUUGUGUUUGAGAUGCUGCAGCAGUUCGAAGAUGCCCUCGUACAGUAUGAUGAACUGGACGCCCUGUUUUCUCAGUACGUCGUCAACUUUGGUGCUGGGGAUGGUGCCAACUGGCUGACUUUUUUCUGCCAGCCGGUGAAGAGCUGGAACGGACUGAUCCUCCGAAAGCCCAUAGACAUGGAGAAGCGGGAGUUGAUACAGAGGCAGGAAGCCACCCUGUUGGACCUGCGCAGUUACCUGUUCUCUCGCCAGUGCACCCUGCUCCUCUUCCUGCAGAGGCCGUGGGAGGUGGCCCAGCGCGCCCUGGAGCUGCUGCACGGCUGCGUGCAGGAGCUGAAGCUCCUGGAGGUCUCUGUCCCGCCUGGCGCUCUGGACUGCUGGGUGUUCCUGAGCUGUCUGGAGGUGCUGCAGAGGAUAGAAGGUUGUUGUGACCGGGCACAGAUAGACUCGAACAUUGCCCACACUGUGGGCUUAUGGAGCUAUGCCACCGAGAAGCUAAAGUCCUUGGGCUAUCUGUGCGGACUUGUGUCGGAAAAAGGACCUAACUCAGAGGACCUCAACAGGAUAGUUGAUCUUCUGGCAGGUUUGGGAGCUGAGCGACCCGAAACAGCCAACACAGCUCAGAGUCCUUAUAAGAAGCUCAAGGAAGCAUUAUCAUCAGUAGAAGCUUUUGAAAAACACUACUUGGAUCUGUCCCACGCGGCCAUCGAAAUGCACACGAGCAUCGGAAGGCUCCGGUCUGCUAAGUUUGUUGGGAAGGACCUGGCAGAGUUUUACAUGAGGAAAAAGUCUCCACAGAAGGCGGAAGUGUACCUGCAGGGAGCACUGAAGAACUACCUGGCUGAGGGCUGGGCGCUGCCCAUCACUCACACGAGGAAGCAACUCGCCGAGUGUCAGAAACACCUUGGACAGACCGAAAACUACCUUCAGACCAGUAGCCUUUUGGCCAGCGAUCACCACCUGACUGAGGACGAACGGAAGCACUUCUGCCGGGAGAUACUCAGCUUUGCCAGCCGACAGACGGACAGCCCAGGUCAGAAAAUAGUACUCCCUCUGCACUGUUUUGCACAACUGAGAGACCUCCAUUUUACCCCUUCCAACGCCGUGGUCCACGUCGGGGGGGUUCUGUCCGUGGAGAUCACCUUGUGCAGCCAGAUGCCCAUGCCCGUCCACGUGGAGCAGGUCGCCAUCAACGUCCACUUCAGCAUCGAGAAAAACAACUACCGCAAGACCGCCGAGUGGCUGACCAAGCACAAGACGUCCAAUGGGACCAUUAACUUUCCGACAGAGACCUCGCCUCUCCCCGUGCCCCAGAACAACUUACCCGCGCUGGAGUUGUAUGAGAUGUUUGAGAGAAGUCCUUCGGACAAUUCCUUGAACACAACGGGGAUUAUAUGCAAGAAUGUUCACAUGCUCCUGAGGAGGCAGGAGAGCAGCACUUCCCUAGAAACGUCCUCCGGUGUGGCUCUGGAGGACGGGGCCCAUGUGCUGAAAUGUAGCGGAGUGACUCUGGAACCGGGGGCCAAUAGGAUAACGUUCAGGACGCAGGCCAGGGAGCCCGGAACGUACACGCUGCGGCAGCUGUGCGCCUCGGUGGGCCCGGUGCGCUUCGUCCUCCCUCACCUGUACCCCCCGGUGCAGUACGACGUGUACUCGCAGGAGCCGCAACUGCGCGUCGAGCCGCUGGCCGAUAGCCUUCUGGCUGGUAUCCCUCAGAAGGUAAAGUUCACUGUCACCACUGGCCAUUAUACAGUAAAAAACGGGGACAGCCUGCAGCUCAGCAACGCGGAAGCCAUGCUCAUCCUGUGUCACGCAGAGAACAGAGCAGUGAUCUACUCCAACACGAGAGAAAAGGCUUCUGAUGCAUUGCUCCGGGUUCAGUCGUCUGACAAGGUCACAAGCAUCAGUCUGCCCGCUGCUCCUGCGUACCACGUGAUUGAAUUUGAACUGGAAGUUCUCUCUUUACCUUCAGCUCCAGUAACUGGAGGAGAGAGCAGCGUGCUGGGGAUGACAGAGUCCCAUGGGAAGCAUAAGGACACACAGAAAGCUGGCCAGUGCAUGGCUACCACAGACCACAAAGUGUCCAUUGACUGCCCGUGGUCCAUCUACUCCAGCGUCAUCGCCCUGACCUUCAGCGUGCCCUUCAGGACCACACACUCUCUUCUGUCCGCCGGGACACGGAAGUACAUUCAAGUUUGCGUCCAGAAUUUGUCGGAACUUGACUUUGAGCUGUCGGACGGUCACCUCGUGGAUCCUGACAGUAACGCCGACCUACGGCUGGUGCCGCUGAACGCGAAGUCCCCGCAGCACAUCCACAGCAAGCAGUCAGUGUUCUUUGUGUGGGAGCUGAAGUGGACGCGAGAGCCUCCGCCUUCUCUGCGCUGCCGGUUCUCCGUUGGAUCCUCCCCGGCUUCGGGAGGACGGCUCUCCAUCCCCUUAAAGCCGUACACUUACGAAUUUCAAGUGGAAAAUUUUUUCACGUUAUAUAACGUGAGAGCUGAGAUCCUGCCCCCUUCGGGAACGGAGCACUGUAGGACGGGCUCGCUCUGCUCCUUGGAGGUGUCCAUCACGCGGCUCUCCGACCUCUUGGAGGUGGAUAAGGAUGAGGCGCUGACAGAAUCCGACGAGUAUUUUUCCACCAAGCUUAUGUAUGAAGUGGUCGACAACAGUAGCAACUGGGCGGUGUGUGGGAAAAGUUCUGGCGUCAUCUCCAUGCCUGUGGCCGCCCGGGCCACUCACCGCGUCCACAUGGAGGUGAUGCCCCUCUUUGCGGGUUACCUGCCCCUUCCCGACGUCAGGCUCUUCAAAUACCUCCCCCACCACUCCGCUCACUCCUCGCAGCUGGACGCUGAUAGCUGGAUAGAGAGCGACGGGCUGUCGGUGGACAAGCACGUGGACGAGCAGCCGGACGGCGGCGGCGGCGGCAGGUGCAGGGGCAGCGCGCACCUGGCCUCCGGCGGCGAGCACAGGGGUUUGCCCAUGCCCCGGCUGCAGGCGCUGCCUCCCGGCCAGGUCUUCAACGCCAGCGUGGGCACGCAGGUGCUGGUCAUCCCCAGCAAAGACGACCACGUCCUCGAAGUCAGCGUCACAUGACCGUGCCUCGGGUCCUCGCGCGCCCCGGGCCGUUCGUGAGUGCGCUUGAAGGGGUCCCGCCUCCUCUGCCCCCCAUCGUCACAUCCUAGCGCUAACCGGACUCUUGGUGAUUCUGCCUGGCCGUGGAGGCGUCAGAGAAUGUCAGCGCGCAGCCGGUCGGCUGAGUGACAGCGUCAUUUCCGUGUUGUCCGUGGUGUAAGAUUCCCCGUUAUUUCUUUUUUCCUCCCUGUCCUUGUGCCGGCGCCUCCGGGGUUUGCCUGGACCCCACCCCUGCCAGUCCUCUCCCUGCCCCUGGGAGGUCUGUGCCCUGCUCUCUCACCCGGCAGCCUCCCGGUCUGCCGGCUCCUUAUGGAGUCCGUGGGCCUUCCAGGGGGGACACACGGCCACCCUCGCCGUCUUAGUAGUGACACGUGUAUGCCUUUCUGGGCACACGGCUGCCCUCUUUCUGGACCGGUUGGUUUUGUAAGGCUCCUGAGGGAUAAAACACCAUCCUUUACCCAGAUGAGUUGUGCUUCUCUAGAAUAACACCCUUUGAGAGCGGGUCAGCGAGGUUGAGUGCUGGAGGGGGGAGGGAACUGAGCCCCUUCUGUGCCUUGGGACGUCACACUGGGAGGGCCUGGAGCCUCCAUUAGCUGGAGCCAUUUUAAGGUACUUUGGGGAGACUAGACCAGGGCCUAAGGGACCACUGGUAUUGCAAUAGUUUAGGAAUAAACGUUUCUGGAACCCCUUUUCCCCAUGAUAUUGAUUGAAUUAUCAUAUGCACUUGGAAUUAAAUAUGUAUUUAUUUUAAUUAUCAUUACAUUGGGGGUUGGUACAUUGUUUUCUUCUCACCUUAAAAGUCUCCAUGUCAUUGUCGCUGUGUAAUCAAUACUUUCUUCCGCACCUUAAGUCCUAGAGGUUAAGAGGCUCCAUUUCAGCGGAGAUUGGCGGGGCCCUGUCAGUGUGCUUCUAGUCUGGUUGUGGGAAUGACGGAAGUCUUGGAAUAUUCUCUGCCGGUCCACUAAAAUUGCAGUCAUAACCGUACCAAUGGAUUAAUUUGCUCUCGGUUGUAAAUUUAAUUGUACAUAUGGUUGAUUUAUUAUUUUUAAAAGUACAGACUAACUGAUGUAAUGUUUAUGUAGAAGUUGCACCAAAAAUCAAGGACAAAAUAAAUGUGUGUUUGUUUUUACUGGUGUGAGAGUCACAGCUUGUAAAUAAGUGUUGGCUGUAUGAAACCUUUUCCAGCUCUCCAAAGCGAUGUAUUUUUGUACAUAAGAGAUAGAGAACUCUUACUUCCCCGGGAAAGCGUGGUCAGAACGGAGCCCGGCCGGCUGAUGCAGAAAGGGAGUGCGGUCAGGCCCAGAGGGCACGGCCUCACGCCCAGCUGGAGAGGAAAGGGGCCUGCUUGUCACCUGCCAGAGAGAGGCUGGAGGAGGCUGGCGUUGAGGGGGUGGCGGGGACUUGGGGCUGCGGGGGUGAAGGGGCAGAUCAGAGUCCUUGUUCCCACGCUUCUGUGUUGUCUCUCACAUCACUCAGAAAAUAAGGUGGUGUGAUUCCCCCGCACCCCACCCUGUGUCUUUUUCGUUUACAGAAAUUGGAGAUACGUAAAGAAGAUCAAUAUUUGUGAGUUUAAUUAAACUUUUCAGAAAUUAAUCUUCCUUAGGUGCACUUUAAAACUAAUAAACUUGGUCAACUAGGCAAAUUAGAGCUUCGGAGUCUAAUGAUAGUUUAGGGUUUCUAAAAUGUUUGUUUUGUUGUAAAAAUUGAUGAUUGCCCUACGGAUCUGCCAAGCCCUGUGGAUGAAGAGAUGUUUGAGAUGUGAUUCCGCCCGAAACACCUCACGUGGUCAGUCUCGGAGCCUCCGCGCCUAAUGCGGCUUUCCCUCUACACUCCGGAAGGGGACAUGUGAUUCGAUGGUUACCUUAUUUCUGUUUGAUGUGUGUGUGUGUGUGUGUGUGUGUGUGUGUGUGUCUAGGUUCCAAUCCCAGGAUGAAAUUCUCUAAUUACAUAAUAUAUAGAGAGGGAGAAAAGGAAGGGGAAAUCCAAAAUGUUCAUGGUGGCUUCUUAUUGUCCUCAAUUCAUAUGAAAUAAAAUUUAUUGGAGGUUUGGUUUUUUUUCCCCCAAUUACCUGAGAGAUCUUUUGCAACCCAAGUUACAAGGGUGCCUCUGUUUUUAUUUUGUUUCGUUUUACCCAAAAGAAAAAUGUUACCUAAACCUUCGUCUUUUUUUUUUCUU